CUCAGAAAAAAUCAAAACGUCAUUUUUACAACGAAGUGGUUUUAUACUGUUUGCUGUUAUUUACAAUUUUUCUUUAUUUUUUAAUCAUUUGUUGUUUUAUUUUUGGAAAUAUAUUGAACGAGACGGAAUUAUGGAGAUUUCACGAAGUGCUGCUAACUUUCCAGAAUGUGAAAUAUAUAAAAAGAAGAAAGUUGAAAUAGAAGUUAACCAAGAACAGGCCCUAGAAAUGUUCCAAGGCCUAGACGCGGUAUGCCCGCUGUUUGAGGAGAAAGUGCACAACUACAAGCUGAUGAAACACGUGUCUUUGUGCACUAACGAUCUGCUGCGGUGCCGGUGGAAGUCCAUGGUUCGGAAUAUUGAGGGAUGGAAGAAGCAGCCUUACCAGUUCUUACAUCUCAACGAUUUCCACUUCAACAACUACGCAGUCCAGUACAUCCCGGCCGAGACGGUUGCGAACUGGCCGACGUACAGGGUCCACUUGAAGUGCGGUCCCGGAGUCGAUGCCUACGGACAAAUACCUAUACCUAGUGAUCUGAAGACUUAUCGUGCUUAGGUUAGGUUAGCUUUUGUUUUAGGGUGCAUCUACACGGUGCAUGUAGUCGGAGCAAGUUAACAUGCGCAAGUGACAAGAGCACGCGGGUGGGUAUAUUGCUCUGGUACAUGCGCGAGUCGCUGGACCCGCACGUUUAUAAAAUGCAUGUAACCUGCGCAUGUGCCUCAACAUGCGCAAGCUACUUGCACCGUGUAGAUGCAGCCUUAUUUGUAUUCCGUCUGUCUGUAUAAAAGCUGUCACAGACUUCAGGCCUUGAUUCUGCUAAUAAUAUAAAACGAGUGAUCUGAAGACCUUUCGUGUUCAAGAUGGUAGUUUAGCUUUUGUUUUAUUUGAUUUCUGGUGGAAGCUGUUUCAAACGCCAUGUAGAUCUAUACUCCAUUUGCAAUCUUGAUCCUUACGACUUUUUAUUCAAAAAGUCAGUUCAAAAAUAAAAUGCGGGUUUUUCAAUUUUGAUGAAUUGAACAAUAUUUUAAAUAUGUAAUUGAAUAAUUAUUUUAAGCAGUAGUUUCUUUGUUCAAUAGGUAUGUAUUUGAGUAAAGUCCUAUCAAGAUUAUUAGGCGCCUACUCGAAUGGAGCAUUACGGUGCAUCCAUCACAACGGCUUUGGAAACUCAGUAGAAUAAGAAAUUCGUGAAAAACCGGGGCACAUGGUAACAGCUACUAUGUAGUAACUGAGCUACAUAUAAAAAGCUGAGUACUUAUAUAAAAAUAUUGCAUAUAGGUAAGCAUAUCAAAUACUAAAGCUAUGAAAUAAAAACGCGUGAUACUCUUUCAAAAUAACAUUUAAAUCAAUUAUUUAACUAUUCUCUGAUAUGAUUGAUUUUGAAAAUAUACAGAAAGCAGUAGGCAGAACGCCUUUUUAUUUCAUACAGGGACCUACUAGUGCCCCGCUCCCAGUUUUAAGCCUGCUACAUUUCAUAAAUAGUGAAAGAUGUUUUUUGUAACCGAUUGUAUGGUCACAGUCGUCAUAGUAGGCACGGCGGCAACGCGAAACCGGUUUACUGACGCGAGCGCUGCGCCAAGCGCGUAAGAAUAGCUAGUACCCAUAUUUAGCUGAUUUUAGGGCGG